GCAGAAGGUGAAGAGGAAGAGGAAGAGGAAGAGGAAGAAGUAGAAGAAGAAGAGGAAGAAGUAGAAGAAGAAGAAGAAGAAGAAGAAACAGAAACGGUCAAGUGUCAGAGCGAGCGGGGACAAAAACAGUUCGCUUCCGACCUCCCGGACAGCAUGAAACACACUCUGCUGACUGAAGAAAGGUUUUAAUUCAACUAUUACAUUUUGUUCAAGUCCCUACAACUGAAACAAAGGGGCCGCGGCUUUGCGCGCAAGUGCAUCUCCCUCGUUUUUCCUCUUCUGCUGCUGGAGGGGGCUAGCUUAGCCCGUUAGCUUAGCAGGGCGACGUUUGCGUGUGCAGGACUUUGCCAACAGGAGCGAGCAGGUUCACCAGGAGGAGCUGCACCGAACCCCCCGACCUGGACGUUACCCAACGGACGCAGCUGCACGCCUCGGCCCCAACCUCGGGUUGUGCACGCGAACGUUUGAACGGAAACAAUCAACGCGAAAACAAGAAUCGCCCUGCACAACAAGGAAGUCUGAAUGAACUUUGCUGCUAGCAUCCUGCUAGUGCAUUGAUUCACUGUGCUGCUUGAAGUGGGGAGGGGGGGUGUUUGUGGACAAUUCCAUACAUUUCCCUGUCAUACGGGGCCGGUGCGGCAAGUGAAGCGAGCUCCCGAGAUGAUUCCCGACAAAGCCCCGAAGGCGGACGUCUUCCACGGGUCCGAGGAGCUGAAGAAGGAGGCGCACAUCUCCAGCUUCGAGGAGUAUAAAGAGCUCUACGUGAAGUCCAUCGAGAGUCCGGACGAGUUCUGGGGAGACAUCGCCAAGGAUUUCUUUUGGAAGACCAAACAAACGGGUCAGUUCCUCGACUACAACUUCGAUGUGACCAAAGGUGAAAUCUACAUCAAGUGUAUGGAGGGAGCCUCCACCAACAUCUGCUACAACCUCCUUGACCGCAACGUCCACGAGAGGAAACUCGGCGAUAAAGUGGCCUUCUACUGGGAAGGCAAUGAGCCCGGUGAUGAGUUGACGGUGACCUACAGAGAGCUGCUGCAGAGGGUCUGUCAGUUCGCCAACGUCCUGAAGUCUCAGGGUGUGAAGAAGGGUGACCGUGUGUCCAUUUACAUGCCCAUGGUGGUUGAACUGGUGGUAGCCAUGUUGGCCUGCGUCCGAAUCGGAGCCGUUCACUCCAUAGUGUUUGCAGGAUUCUCUGCGGAGUCUCUGUGUGAGAGGAUCAUGGACUCCCAGUGUUCACUGCUCAUCACUGCAGACGGGUUCUAUCGAGGAGAUAAGCUGAUCAACCUGAAACUCUUAGCUGAUGAAGCACUGCAGAAAUGCGGAGACAAAGGUUUCCCAGUGGGGAAGUGUAUAAUGCUAAAGCACUUGUCCAAAGAAGCAGAGGAGACGUCUCUGGGUUCUCAGUCUCCUCCAGCCAAGCGAUCCUGUCCUGAUCUGCAGCAGGAGAAACAGGCAGGGAGAGUAAGGAAAACACGUCCUGUUCCGCAGGUUCCGUGGAACCCCGAGGUCGACCUGUGUUGGCUCACUCUGGUACGAGGAGCUUCAGAUGAGUGUGAACCAGAGUGGUGUGACUCUGAAGAUCCUCUGUUCAUCCUCUAUACAAGCGGCUCAACCGGAAAACCAAAGGGAGUUCUUCACACAGUCAGCGGCUACAUGCUCUACACCGCCACCACCUUCAAACUGGUGUUCGACUAUCAGCCGGAUGAUGUUUAUUGGUGCACGGCCGACAUCGGCUGGAUCACCGGACACUCCUACAUCACCUACGGCCCCCUGGCUAACGGCGCCACCAGUGUGCUGUUUGAGGGCCUGCCCACCUACCCGGACGUGAGCCGCAUGUGGGAGAUAGUGGACAAAUAUCACGUGACCAAGUUCUACACGGCUCCGACCGCCAUCAGGCUGCUGAUGAAGUACGGCAGCGAGCCGGUGCAGAAGUACAAGCGAGAGUCUCUGAAGGUUUUGGGGACGGUGGGAGAGCCCAUCAACCCCGAGGCCUGGCAGUGGUACUACACCGUGGUGGGAGAGAGGAGAUGUCCUAUUGUCGACACCUUCUGGCAGACAGAAACUGGCGGACACGUGUUAACUCCUCUACCUGCCGCCACACCCAUGAAACCAGGAUCUGCUACGUUCCCGUUCUUUGGAGUGGUGCCGGCCAUCUUGAAUGAGUCUGGAGAAGAGCUGGAGGGGCCGAGUGAAGGAUACCUGGUGUUCAAACAGCCGUGGCCCGGUGUGAUGAGGACGGUGUAUGGAAACCAGCAGAGGUUUGAAACCACCUACUUCAAGAAGUUCCCAGGAUACUACGUCACAGGAGACGGUUGCCGCAGAGAUAAGGACGGCUACUACUGGAUAACAGGGAGGAUAGAUGACAUGCUGAAUGUCUCGGGUCACCUGUUGAGUACAGCGGAGGUGGAGUCGGCUCUGGUGGAGCACGAGGCUGUCGCCGAGGCUGCGGUCGUGGGCAGACCACAUCCUGUCAAAGGAGAGAGCCUCUACUGCUUCGUGACUCUCAAUGAUGGCGUGACGUACAACCGCACGCUGGAGGCAGAACUCAAAAAACAAGUGAGGGAGAAGAUCGGUGCCAUCGCUACACCGGACUUCAUUCAGAACGCUCCUGGACUCCCCAAGACGCGAUCAGGUAAGAUCAUGCGACGGGUGCUCCGCAAAAUCGCCUGUGAUGAACGGGACCUGGGCGACAUCUCCACGUUGGCCGACUCCUCGGUCGUCGAGCAGCUUUUCCAGAACAGAUGCUGCACGGCUGUGUGACGGCCAUCCGAGGUCCUCGCUCCGACUGCAGCCGCACACCGGUGGCCACAAACUCAACCAGGGAAGAAGAAGAAGAAGGAAAGGAUAAAGAGGAGGAGGAGAAAUUCUACGAACUCGGUCUUGUCUAGAAAACAACCUUCAGCCCCUUGAUGAUGAUGGGUGGUGUACAGCACAGCCACAAACAGAGGUUUUUUUCUCUAUAUGUAAGAAAAAUGUGCAGCAGGUAUCAACUGAGAAUCUGCCACAAGCGACACCUAGAAUUUAAUAAAUACAUUGUUCUGUAGGAUUUAAAGUUCUCCACAGUUGCUGCUUUUGGAAAUAUUCAAAGAAAUGACAGCGAGAAGCUAGAGGUUGUUUUAGGGUAAGACCGUCCUUUGUUUUAUCCUCAUGUUUUAGCCAAUAAUAUAGGCAGCAAUAUAUAACGUGUAACUGCUCAGUCAAAGUAUAGAACCAGCGCUGACACGGCUCCGCCGUGGUUAAAAGACGCUUAUUCUACACCGGAAUAAGGCUCGUGUGAAGUUUCACCUGUAGUUCCUAAAUCAACAAGUAUCCUCUCCUCACUCAAUGCCAUAGUACUGUUAUGUACACAGAUUAUCAGCUACAUUUCUACUAGUUUAAAUUUUUAUUGUAAUUUUUUUAAAUUACAGAGGAUUUGUUGGGUAUGUCAGGUUGUGUGUCUGCACGCUCUUAUGUUUUCUUUCUUUUUUUUUAAUUGUAGUCGCAGGCUCGUUCUGUCGGUCCGGUGAAAACCGCAGAGAAAGUUUGUUGAGUCUCACGUGGCUCGGGAAGCCAAACCGCUGAGUUCCAGUCUCAAAAGCUCCAAACCAGCUGCAGGUCUGAUGAUAAAAAAGGAAUUAUGUUGUUCUAAACCAAAAUGAUCAUUGAAAAAUAGUUUGACAUAGAAUUCAUUACCCAAUCAGACUUGACAGUGUUGUCUGAGAUUGAAAUGUCACAAUGUGUGACAGCUACAAUAACCGGGGUGAAGCGAGUGUGCAUCAAGUCUUGAUCAUAAUGUGUGAAAACAAUAAAUAAGUCAUUUAAAUCAAAGCAAAGGUAAAAGGAACAUGAGAGUAUUUCAUCUCAUAUUUAUUGAAAAAAAUCACCUAAAAGGAAAAUACUAGUGAAAUCAUGAUUUGUUGUUGUUUUUAUUAUUAUUUUUGUCAUCUGUCAAAAUAUUCCAUGUAAAAAAACAGGACCAGUGUGUUAGUCUGACUCUCAGCACCUCCCUCCCCUGUGGCUCCAAGCUUGGAGCCCAUCGGUCACUACCAUAGAGUGUAAAUAAAGAUGGACGACACAUCUCCACUUCCUCACGUUGUACAAAAAAUGAAGCUGACUAUCCGGGAUAUGGCCGCGCGCCAUCUUGCUCUUUGGACAUCAUUUGGUGCCGGAGUCUUGCGUAGUCAUGAUCAUGGAGUGUGGAGCUGCAGUAUCAAGGUCGUGCCACCAGUAGAUGUCGCCCAUCUUCAUAUACAGUCUACGAAGCAGGAAGUGUCUAAUGAAAAAACCUCUAUUGCAAUAUGGGAAGUGGGGCCUGCAGUAUUUCAAAAAUCAACAACUUAUUUUGACCUGUGGCCUUUUUGUCUGUCCGUCUCUCGGCAACUGCUACAGUUGUACAUUUGAACAUUAACCCAUCGGAUGUUCAAGCACAUCACCAGAUCAGAUCCGUAAACUGGUUUUCAUGAACAUGCAGUCGGUUGACUACACAUCAGAGCUACCAGCUGGUUUGGGGCUUGAAAGGUUUCAAGGUCUUAGUUUCCUUUGCAGACAUCUGUGAUUGUGAUUUGAGAGAAGCAGGGCCUCGUUGAGAUUUCAUCAUUAUUAUUUUUCUUAAAUCUUAUUCUGAUUUGUUUCUGUUUGAGUCUCAAUGUGCCAACCUCAGUAACAGUGGAGCCGGAUGUAUAAAGUUAAUAACUGUAUCUAAUGUUAAAAAGUGCAGCUGCUUCUUUGAUUCUUGCGUGUUUUUUUGUCUGAAUAAUAACUCGGGUGGAGGAAAGAAUUUAGUUUUGUUUUAUUUCUGCCUCUGUUCAUCCUUAGUUUUCCUGGUUUGUAUCAAAGUGUAUGCAAAUGACGGUAAAUGAACAUGACUACUGCCUCUCA